AUGAUGAGCACAGGAAACCAUUCCUUCGACAGGGUGAAGUUCGCGGAGGCGGUGGAACCUGCGACGCAGCUGUACUUGUUGGACUGCUGCGUUGACGGAUCUCCUGCUUUGGUGCGGGCAGGUAAGACCGGAUGUGUCCUUGUCGGUUUACUGUUCUUGUUGCCACUGCUGUCGUUUGUGCCCACACUGAUUCCAUUUCCUGAGCCUUCUGACGGGUUCCUGAGCAACUGGGCUUACAAUUUCGUCGCCCAUCCCCUACUCAAUUAUGUGCUAGCACGUGCAACGAUGGAGUUGCUGGCCAGGGCUGUUGAGUCCAAAGAAAGACCUCGGCUACGUUGGAUGCUUCACUUGGUUCCCCUCGUAGACCCCAUUCUGUGCUUAUCAAUCCACAGCGUGGCAAGCUUCCUGGGCGUUUUUCCAUUGCCUUAUUCAGCCUUUACAAGUUGCCUUCCGGGCGUCCUCGGAGUCUUGCUGGUUGCCCGAGUCCUCAUGCCUGAAGACUUGCUGACUGAAGAUGUUCUGCGAUUCAUGAAGUUCAUCGUCUUCAUCUGGCUUGUGUGGGCCGUGCAAUUCCUUGUGCUGAUGAUUUGGUUGUUGACAUUCCCAUUGCUCCCAGAUGUACAGCAAGCUCUGUCCAGUUUCGUGGUCACAGGCAUGCUCAUUUUUUUCGGCUGGGCCAUGGAGCUCGUGGGCGCAUGGCAGGGAGUGCCGAAGUACCACGUUACCGAGUUGAAACCGAUGAUGUACUUCAUCUCAUUUCUCUUCACCGCCGCACUUUAUUCGUCGGCCAAGGCAUGGUGGAUCUUUGCGCUCAUGGCGGCGCAGGAGGCGGGGAAAGCAUUAGCCAUUUUGGCCAAGAUUGUGCUUUUCCUUACAGGCUACUCCACCGAGGAUAUGGAUGAUUAUGCUGAGGAGAGCAGCAGCCGCUUUAGCAGGGUGCCCAGCCAGACUUGGAAGUGCAAGCUCUGCAAGCGCUGCAGCUGUACGCGUCCUCCUUCCCUCGUGGCGCUCCGUCACAAAUCGGAGGGUGUAGGGUUUGACAUGUAG